AUGGAUGAUGCAUUGCUUGAAGUCUUAGUUGAGCAUCACAACAAGGGUGACCAUGCCCAAAAUGGAUGGAAACCACAUGUGUACAUGCAUGCCAUAAGGAAUGUGAAGGACAAGUGCAAUAAGGAUAUCACGAAGGAUAACAUAAGUGGAAGGAUGAGGACUUUGGAUCAUCACUAUGAGGUCGUUAGAAAAAUCCUUUCUCAAAGUGGUUUCGGCUAG